GCAGGACGGAGCUGUGCUGGCACGCAGCAGCGCUGCGAGGAGGCAGGCUCUGCCCGAGCAGCACUGCCCCACCACCGGCAGCGGCAGCCCGCUUCCCAUCCUCGCUGUCAGCACCUGCGCCGCCUCCUUGGUGCACAGCGAGGGUCCUCCUGUCCCGGGCAGGAUGGGCCAGGCCAACUGCUGCUGCGGCUCCAGGGAGGCUCUGAGCGAGGCCGAGGCGGUGCUGAGCGCAGACGUGCGGCUGAGCCGGGGCCGCAAGAGGAGCGAGAGGCGCCUUCUCCUCCUCCCAGAGGAACUGGUCAUCGCCAAGUUGCAAGAUGACCCCAGCCUGCGCCCACAGCUCCGCCUGGCCCUGGACCAGCUGUGGGUGCUGAGCAGCGGGAAGGAGGCGGCGGGGGAGGAAGAAGCAGCCAAGGAGGAGGAGGAAGGCAGCGAGGAGGACAGCGCCUCCCUCCUCUUGGUGUGGCCCACGGGCUCCUGCCUGGCCACUUUCGGGUCCCGGGCGCUGAAGGAGCUGUGGGUGGGCGCCCUGCUGGGGACGCCCGAAGGAGACAAGAGAGCCCGCCUGACGCGUCUCCCGUCGCUUCAACUCGUCGAGAAGGAGCUGAGCCGCCGCCAUGCCUGGAGGCCAUUCAACGCCAGGAGCCUGGAGAGGCUGAUGGAGCGCCAGGCAAAGGAUGCUCGCAAGCCAGGGCCUCUGCCGGCCCCGUCAAGCACCGAAGGGGGACUUUGCCGCUCCCCAGGUGAGUUUUGGAAAGAAAGGCGGGGAGGGCCUUCUUUUCUCCUGCAACGGGCACGUCUGCGGAAGUGAGGAUGCUGCUGCUGUUGCUGCUGCUGCCCUUCGCCCAGAGGAAGUUGGUGCCAGUCCCGCUGGAGCAGGAGAGAGCCGAGCCGUCGGCACCGUUUGACAGUGCUGAGCGCUCAAGGUGCUGCCUGCCUCAGCUGCGUCCCCAG